UGCUCUGUGUGACUGGGUGGAGGUGAGAGCAGGUGAUGGCGCAGCUGGGAUGGGGCUGGCAGUGCUGCAGAGCAGAGGCUGGAAGUGUUCAGGAGUGUGUUUGCACAGAUAACCUCUUCCUGAAGGGCUGUUCUGAUGAGCUGCAAGGUGUGACCUGCCUGGCGCUGUGACUGGGCCGCUCUUAGUGUGUUAUGCAACGUUCUCAAGGUCAUUAGCAUUGAGUGCAGUUCAGGGCUGCUUUCUAUUUACAGUCUUGGCAGCAGAAUGAGUCUCACUGCUACUGCCUGCAUGUGGUCUGUGGGAGAUUCUGGGACUUAUCUUGGAUGGUUCUUGUUCUUUCUGGCCAGGCAGUGCAAGUGUAACACUUCAAACACUUGACCCUGAGUUUUCACGUGGGAAUUGAUCUGUGAACUGCUGACCUCCAGCUGCUGAGCACUGAGUUCUGACACAGCCUGGAGCUGUGAUGAAGUGCAGAUGGAGGUGCUUAAAGUUGACCCUGGGGGUUCUGUUUCUUCCUGCUUGUUGCCUGAGUUCAUCUGUUACAGCCAGAACAGCCUUGUUCUGCUUUGUGAACCACCUGUGUCCUGAGCUUAGUUUCCUUAGAUCAGAGUAGGAAAAAUCCAUGAGCUGUGUCUCUCGCUAUUCCCCUUCCAAGAACUUGCCUAGGUCACAGGGGGAAGGAGGUAAAUCUCAGCUGAGUCAUUGUGGAUGUGUUGGCCAUGAACUCUCACCCAGUGUCACAACAGAGAAACUGCCAGUGCUGACCAACGUCAGCAGACAGAGCCGGGCAUCCAGCUCAAAUAACAGGGAGCAAAAGCUUUGGACCACGUGCUCCAGCAGUGAGUGCUUCAGGUCAGGCAAAGGCUGCCUGCCAAGUGUGGGAAGGCCAGGCACAGCAGAGAAAACAGGAUGAUGCAGCAGCAGUUCUGGUUCUUGUUUUGCCCACACCUUAUAGGGACAGCUAUGCCUUAGUGCCUACAGCAUCAAAUCUAGGAUAAAACCAGAGAGAAUUCACCUUGUUCAGUAAGCACAUCUAGCAGGAAGGAAUAAGCCAAGCAGGAUAAGCACAGAGCAAUCUGCACUGCUUGUGCAGCAGCUGCAUCUUCCACUGAGUUUCCAGAUGUUGCCAUAAAGAUGUUUCUCCAGCAGAGCUUACAGGGCACUGUACAUCAUCCCCUUUUCCUGUGGAGGUGCCAGGAUGUGCAGGUAAAAUCCCGUCCCACAGCUUAAGGCACCUGAAUGGUGGGAUGGUGCUGAUGCUGCUACAGGCAGUGAUCUGCAGAGCUGUGCUGUCACAGUGCCAUGGAGGGGCAAACUGCUUUCUCCACAUCUCCCCUCCUCACACAGAGGAAGGUCCUGGCAGCUGUGUAGGGUGCACAUAGGGUGUAUGUGUGGGCAGAGCUCUGCUCACUGCUCUAUUUAUCUCACUUUUCCCACGAGGAACUGUGAAACCACAGAGCAGAGCAGACUGAUUAUCAGUAGCCUCAGAGCUGGGCUGGGGGUGCUGCAGCUCUCACUACUGGGCUGCCCUAAAACCAGUUUGUUUUCCUGCGACCUUGGUUUCCAGAUCAAACAUCUGAGUGCUCACAUCCGUUCUAAGUGAUGCCUCGCUGUGCUGCAGGUUGCAGCUACUGCUGUACCAGGGUAUGGAGGACUCAUCUUUCCCUUUUGGGUGGUACAGCACAGGUCUCAUGAGUUUUCCCAUGAGUGACUGUGACCAGAGGGUUGUCUGGGUUCCCAUGGGCUGUGUUCCGAGGCACCAGGAUGGUUCCUGUCCUUGUGUUUGGCAUUUCAGCUCUCAUUUAGAUCACAGCAUUUGUCAGGAGAGUCCAUGGAACAAGCAGAACAAGUACAAAGAGCGUGUUCCUGUAAUUAAAAAGCUUCUUAUGAAAAGGAAAUUGCUCCCGUGCCCCAGCAUUGGCAGCCCUGCCCUGCACCCUGUCCUGUGGCCUCAGCCUUGUGCUGGAGGCAGCUCGGUGGGAAGCUGGAGCUGAUGGUGAAGCACUGUGAAGGAGCUUUGCCCCCAGGGGCCAUGGUCUCCUGCUUGCAGGCGUUUUCCCCACUUCUCAAUGCAGCAGGGAGGAGAUGGGGGCUCCUCUUUAGCUGCGAGGCCUGGAGUGACCCCUUCCAUUGAGCAGACCCCAUUAUGGAGCUGCCUGCAGCCUCCUGUCCCCUGGAUGGGGUUUCCAGCAGUGACAUGACCCCGGUGGGACAAAGCCGUGCUGCAGGACGAGGCCGGCUGGGGCUGACAGCAAUUGGUGGAGCUGUUUCACACCAUUCUGCGCACACACUGUGCGGGCGGAACCUCAGUGAGGUGAAAAACAAGGGGCUGCCUCCUGUCUCCGCUACCAGCAGGACAUGGCACUCACCUCCUGUGUGCUGCUCACCUUCCUUACACUGCUCCUGCCCUGGGGUUCGGAGACUCUCAAGAGUCAAGUGGUUCUUGUGGCUGUAGGGGAGCCUGUGUCGAUGGAGUGUUCUUUCCGCAAGGACAACAGCACUAGGAAUCCCUUCUAUGAGAUCCUCUGGAGCCACGGGGAUGAGUCGAAGAGGGUCCAGCAGUUCAGGAUGACACGGUCCAACCAGUCCUGUGUGUCUGAGAGUGCAGGUCACUUCAGCAGCGUCCUGGAUUUUGGAAGGAGCGUGAGCUUUCUCAACAUCUCAGCGGUGCUUAUGAACGACACUGGCCCUUACCUUUGCUAUGUGAAGAUAGGGAACAGCAGUCCAACUAAAAAGGUGAUUCACCUGCUUGUUAUAGGUGAGUCUGGCUCCCUUUCUUUCUUUCAGCACUGUAUUUUUGCAUCCCUGAGAACCUGUGGUCCUCUCUGGUCUUUGAGUGGUUUCACAACACCUCUGGGAAGCACUGGCACUGUUGGGUUGAGUUCAGUGGACAAGGGACUUGGCUGCCUCCAUGAACUUCUUUUCUUUGCAGAUCAACAGCCCUGGGCAGCCCCUGGCGACCUCAGCUACUCUGCACCUCAAGGCAGUGAAGUCACCUUGGACUGUGAUUUCCCCACUGAUCUGACUGGCAACUUCACAGAACUCUUCUGGCUGCACAAACGAGACCAGAGCCCGCCCCGACUCAUAGCAUGGCACCUCAGCUCCAGUUUCCAGGAUGAGAAUGGCAGCAUUGGAAGUCGUUUCCAAUGCUCAUUAGAUGUCAAGAAUCAGCAGAGCCAUCUCACCAUUACUGGGUUGGAAGAGAAGGACAGUGGCUGGUACCAGUGUCAGGGAGGCCUGGGAGACCUUCCUGGCAGGCAGAGAGGGAGGGGAACCAACCUCACUGUGAAAGGCUCUUCGUCUGUCCUCCUGGUGUUUUUGAUGAGUGCUAUGUUUGCUGUGAUUGCUCCGUGCUUGUAUUUUCUGUACAGGUGUCGUGUCCAGCUGAGGAGACACAACACCUUGGCAGACAGACUGCAUCCCCACUGCGGGCCUUCAGAGACCACAGGCAGGGAGACAACAAGCAGGGAAGCCAUCUAUGUCAGCCCUGGCAGCGUGCAGUACAGCGUGAGUGUGGCCCCGGGCAUCACAGAGCUCUGGAGGCAGCAGGGCAAAGCCCAGGCAUUGCUGAUUCCCCACUGCAGUGGUACAGGAGCUGUUGGCCAGGAGCCGUGGGGAUGAAACUGUGGCCAUGCUCCUGCCUCGCAUGCAGGACAGCAGCGGAUGUGAGGCUCCUCUGCUGCCAUGGGGUAACGAAGGCUGUUCUGUUUGUUCACAGUUCCUCACUUUCCCAGGAAGGAACCCUGCAGUGGAGGACGUGGGGCAAAGAUGACAGCCCAGAAGGACACAGGGAGCUGUGCUUCACAUGCUGUGUUCGUGGCACCAUGGACAAUUCUUCUCCGUUGUGUAUCAUGCAAAGGUCUCUAGCAAACUCCUCUCACCUUCAGUGUUUGUUUCUCCUGUUCAAUUAAAAACCCUGUGUGUUCAGUUUCUGCUAUACCUGGCUGUUUUGGCUGCUGGUGGAGCUGCCUUUUGGAUGCUGUGCAUCUGGCUUAGCUCAGACAGACUUUGCAUCACCCUUUGGGGCUGUUACCACCUGCCAGACACAGCCACAUCCUCCUCCCAUAGAGGAAAUGCUCGGCUGCUUUUUGGGGUGCAGCAAUGCUUACAUGGCAGCUUUUCUUGCUCAGGGAGGGAGGGAAGGAGGAGCUGUUGUCUCUGCUCUUACUGCUGUUCCCUCAAGAAUGUGCAAAAUUCUGGAGCAGAGAAUAUAGCACUGAUUCUCACUGUCCUUGCCAGAUCAGGGCUGCUUGGGCAGCUGUGGUGCUGCAUCACUCAGUGCCUCUGGGCUCAGCUGCUGCAUGGCACAAGGCAGAAGAGGUGAAGGCCUUCCAAAACAAGCCUGUAUUGUUGUGACCUUGAUUUUGUGAUCAAAUCUCCCUGUGGUUGGUGAAAACACAUCAAGAUGGUUGUGCUGGUUUUGUGUAUGGUGGUAUUUGGGUUUCCUCUGAUAUGUGCUGACUGUGGCAGAGCACCACAGCACUCUGUGCCCAUGCUGAUGAGGCUGUUUCUCUCAGUAGGGUGUUUCAUAACCAGUUGGAUAUUUCUGUUCCUUGUGGGAUGCAUCCAGAAAAACCCUGCCUUGAAUCCACUACCCUGCUGCAGACACACCGUACUUUGAGGUGGUCAUGUUACAUUGGCCUUGAGGAGCCUCAGCCAUCACUUUUCACUCUUGUUUUGCACUCACUCCUCCCUGGGGAGACUGUCACAGAAAACUGGUCAAGGUCACGUAGAGGGAAGUCAUUGCUUUUGUUAGACCAACUGAUAUAGAAGGUGAAAAAAAUAGAUAAGCCGUUGGCACGUGAGCCCUUGUUGAGAGCAUUACAGCGUGUCACCAUAGUAUCUGGCUUGUGGCGCCAUACCUGUCCAUCUCUAGGACCACAGAUGCAGUGCCAGGGCAGCCUAACAAGACAGGACCCUGUCCUAGAUCUCAUGGUUCCAUUUUCCCUCGCAGCCAGAGCACAAUCAGGGCCAGUCAUGUUGGGAACUUGCAAUCAUCUCUCGGGCUUGGAGACGCCUUGGGAGCUGGGCAGCAGAGGCUGCUUGCACCGUGGUAGUGUUACAGACAGGAGGACCUUUGUUCUUGUUGACUGGCAGCUUUUUUGCUUUACCUGUCUGCAGUCCUUCUGCACUGGGCACCAGCUGUGCUGCAGCCCAAGCCCAAACCAUGUCGCUCAGGUAGGCCGAUCAGGUUUCAGUGGUGACCCCACUCUGUACCCUGUUGUUGGGGCAGGCUGCAUGUGCAAAGAUGUGACUGGAAGUGAAGGUGCAGAUGCUGGACCCUUGCCCCAUUGAUUAGAGUUUUGCUGCUAAAGCUCUGUUGCAGCAAAUGGAGCAAUGCAGUGAACUGGAGUCCCCAGCCCCUUGUGUCAUUUACAUAUACCUCACCAGCACCAGCAGCACACACAGCAGCCCGGGCUUGUGCAGCACUGCAGUCUGUCUCAAAACAACUUCCCUUCCUCUGCUCCUGGAUCCUGCCAUGGUCCUGGGCUUCAUGCUUCUGCUGCUGGUGGGGACGGUAGGGUCAGGUAAGAUCAGCAGCACAGCUGCAUUGGGGAUGAUGGGCAGGACUGAGCUUUGCACAGGGGGCCAUCAGCCAAGAAGGGCUGUUUGUUCCAAGCAUGUAGUGAGUGGUGGGUCAGGGCAAUGGGGAUGCCCUAUGGGGGUAGGGGAAUGUUUUGGGGCUGGGGGUGUCAGGACACAGCUCCACAUCAGUAACCACAUCCCUGCUGUGCACAGCCUGCAGGGCCCAGCCAAUGCUGACCCAGCCAGCUGCCAUACGGGUGCUGCCAGGGGAGACCGCCCGGCUGUCCUGUGUCCUCAACCCCCAGUACAACAUCAGCAAUUUUGGCAUCACCUGGUACCAGCAGCGCCCGGGGCAGGCCCUGAGCUACCUGCUGUACUACAACUCGGAGCAUGACAAGCACAAGCCUGCCAGCAUUCCUGACCGCUUCUCUGCUACCAAAGACCUCGCCCGCAAUGCCUGCAUCCUCAUCAUCGCAGCUGCCCAGGAGGAAGACAGCGGCCGCUAUUUCUGCUCGCUGCCCCUCACCAUCAACUGGCUGUAGAAACAGGGAGCAAACCCAGCUGGCUCACCCCAUGCAAAUACGGCACGAUGCUCUCAGCAGAAUGGCAGCUGUGGAACGAAGGGACAAGGCCUCCCUGCAGGCUGAGUAUCUGGCAUGGUUUAAUGACGGUAAUAUAUGUUAUAAGUACAAUAAACGUAAUAAAAUGUG